GUGUCCGCACGGGCGGAGGGAGGGGAAUCAGGAGAUGGGCCGGGCGCACAGAUAGCAGGGUGCAGCCCAGCACUGCGCUGCCAGCCGCGCUGCUUUCCUCCGCGUUCUCCUUCUGCAUUGCCUCCCGUGCCCCCCUCCAGCCCCCCCCGGACGAUGCUGGCUGCGGGGCUGUUACUGGCGCUCUGCGCGCUGCCUCUGUGCCCGGCGGUGCUCGGCGCUGCGCGGCCGCAGCUGCUGGUGGAGAGGAGCGGCUCCAGGAUGCUGCGGGAGGUUGGUGGCUUUUCCUGGGAGAACUGCGGUGACGGGCAGGAUCCUGUCAUGCUCCAGAGCCUCUCGGUGGCACCCGACCCCAUCAGCAUCCCGGGGACCCUGCGCAUCAGCGCGGCCGUGAGCAGCAGCAAGGCCAUGGCCUCCCCUUUGAAGGCGGUGCUGGUGGUGGAGAAGGCCCUGGGUGACCUCUGGAUCCAGCUGCCCUGUAUCGACCAGCUGGGCAGCUGCACCUACGAUGACGUGUGCACCAUCCUGGACAACCUCAUCCCACCUGGCACGCCCUGCCCGGAGCCACUGCUCACCUACGGCAUCCCCUGCCACUGCCCCUUCAAGGCGGGCUCCUACUCGCUGCCCGCCAGCGACUUCGCCGUGCCCGACGUUGAGCUGCCCUCCUGGAUGACCAACGGCAAAUACCGCGUGCGGGCAGUUGUCAGCAACAAGGGGCAGGAGCUCGCCUGCAUCAAGCUGGGCUUCUCCCUGCAGUCCCAGUGAGGGGCUGGGGGCAUCCCUCCUCUCCCCACUGCCUUUUUAAUUCAUCUCAUCCCACUCUACCCCAUCCCAACCCAUCCCAAACUCAUCCCUUCCCCAUCCCAUCCUAUGUCUACCCUGCAUCCGCUGCACUGUCUGUCCAUACACCUCCCACCACCCUGUCCCUCCCCAUGGCCCCGAACUGACACUUGAAGCAGGAGGAGAGGAAAGCCUUGGCUGGGCUCUGUCCCUGCAGGGUCAGCGACUCCGCUGCCAGGAGGAGGUCCCCCUGUAUACCCGCUUGGUGACCCCUCUCCUGCCAAACACAGAAGGUCCCCCCUUGCUGUCCCUCUGUCCCCACCACCAGUGUCCCCAGCCUGGAACGGGGUGGCUUUGGAGCCUACCUGCAGCCUUUUGGGGUAACAAUUUUUUACUCUCUUCCCCCCACCCCCCCUUUUUUUUUUUUAACUUAAUCCCAUCAGGGGAGUUUCAGACAAAAACAUUCCAGGGAAAAGCAAUAUUUCCUGAAGGUGGAAAGGAGGGAGCGUGUGGGGAGCGCAGGGGCUGGAGGGGUGCAGGCUGAUCUGUGCAGGUGUCCCCACACACCUCUACUGAAGCGCAGAUGCAGGUCCCACUCAUCUCAUUUUACCACUGGGACCGAGCUGGGGCAGGGUGCUGCACACCAGCACAGGACCAGCAGCCCAGGUCCUACUUGGGGACCCCUCAGCUGCAGCCCAGCUGACACUGAUGUGACCCCCCCAUACCUGCACCAGCUCCGGAGGUGCAGGUGACCCAUCACCACCACAUCCUUCACUCCCUGCCCAACACCCUAUAGGGCUGCUCUUCCUCCCAGCGCUGUGUGUGCCUUAAUUCCAGCACGGAGCAGUGGGAGGUACUUUGCCUGUAGCUGUGCUCCUCCUGCUCUGUGCCCCGAGCUCUCCCCAUCUCACCCUGCUGCUGCUGGUGCAGUGUGGGGUCGUUUUGCUUGGAGGAGCACUCACCCUCCCGUCCUGCUCCUGCUGCUUCGCUGCUCACAGCCUGUGCCCCAAUGGCACCUUCCUUUCAGGCAGGUUCUUAAUAAAUCUUUUUACCAGAAAGUGGA